AUGCAUGUGUUUUUCGAUUGAUGGGGGAGGGGCAUGUGAUCAUGAUCAUCGUGGUCCACGUGAAUGACAUUUUUGCUGUAGGGCGGAAGGAGAGGUGUGACAAGGUUGGCAGGGAUCUCAACGAGAUGGUCCCCGUGAAGAACCUUGGAGAGUUGAGGUGGUACUCCGUGUGCUUUUGCGAGAGGGACGUAGAGGGAGGGGUGUUGAAGAUUUCGCAGCAGAGGUUUGCCGAAGAGCUGGCUGCAGAGUAUGGGGUUGAGUGGGGGCAGAGUGUGCCUCUGUCUUUUAGCGUAAAGCCCUCCGACUUUGACGUGAAUGAAGCGAGUGCUGAUGUCCCUUUUCGCGAGAUGGUAGGAUCUCUGAUUUGGUUGGCCACUCAAGCGGGGCCGGACAAUGCGAAUGCAGUUCGAGCAGAAGCGCGGUAUUGCGCGUCUCCCAAGAUGGUGCACUGGAAGGCAGCACUCGGUAUUUUAGGAUACGUACGCAGGACGAGUUGGAUGGGGAUUACAUUUGAGAGGGGCGUCGUGACAGGUAUGAGCAUGCAGGUGUUUGUGGAUGCCGACUAUGCAAGCAAGGCGGCAGACCGGAGGUCGGUGUCUAGGGGGCUAGUGAUGUGUGUGUGGCGUUUAAUGUUGCCAGAUGCGAGUAUGCCGUGCAUCCCGGUGUUCGAGGAUAAUCAGGGAGCGAUUUAGAUUGCGCACAUCCCGAUCACGAACUCCAACUCGAAGCACAUCGAUGUACGGCAUCACGUUAUCAGGGAGCUGAUAGAGAGGAAAGAGAUAUCAAUUACUCAUGUGCCAACGCAAUUUCAGCAUGCAGAUUUCUUGACGAAGGCUAUUAGCAAGGAGUCUUUUGCGUUGCACCGUGGCUUUGUGAUGAACUUGCAGUGAAGGAAGUGUUUUGGAUCGAUUCGUAUUCUGUAGCGGAGAGAGGAAGAGAGAGACGAGAUUGGACAAGAGAAAGAGAGUCUGUGUUAAGAUUUUUCUUGGUUGUCUUGGAGUUGUGUUGGAAUUUUUCUUGUGAUUGACUUGGGAGGGUUCUUGCAUGUUUUGGGGAGGAUAUUGUAUUUGGAUGCUUUGAGAAUGUUCUUGUUUUUUUGGAAGAGAUGGUAAAAGAGGAAUUUGGUUUUUGCCGAAGCAUGACGAUGCAUACGAGCAGGGGGGCUAUUAUAUAUAUUGGGGGUACUCGUAGCAUAUUAUGACGGGCCAUCAUCUUCUUCCACACGGAACAUUUCUAUCUCCCACACACUCCGUUUCUCUGCUACCACUGCACCUCUAGCAGCACGUUGGUCUGCCCCACUCUGGCGUCGGCGUACGUUGAUGCCUGUCUUGUUGAUGUCGUGACUCUGGCGUCGGCGUUCGUUGAUGCCUGUCUUGUUGAUGUGGUGUCUCUGGUGUCUCUCCGCGUUCAUUUCGAUGUUGGCGGUCCUCCGCUCGGCGUACAAGAUGCGGUCCCGCUGGUUUCCCCGCAAGCGCUGUCUAUCUAUCGCAGUGUUCUUGUUGAUGUCCAUGUUGUUUGUGGGGACGAUGACUUCGCAGGUGGAUUGUGGGGUAGAGGUGCGUGUGUCUCGGGUGUCUUGUGGUCAUCUGA